UAAUUAAAAACAAAAAAAAAUGGCAAUUUGCUGAAAAGAAAAAUCCUCUACCCCUGACAUGUACGCUCAAGUCUUAAACCUAGCACUUACAUUUAUGCAAAACCGUAUUCAGUGUCGUUCAGUGACAAACUGCUGUGGCUGUGAAUGUGUAGUUCCUCUUAAUGGCCGGAGGGCGCUGUUUCAGUGGUCACCAUGAUCUACUGUGAAGCGAAGAAGAAGAAGAAACAUGCAUGAGAAAGUUGUAAACGGACCAGAUUGGAUUUUUCUCUGGAAGAAAGAUAAAUGUCGCUUGUGUACAAUCUGUUUCACUAGAUGUUGGCUUGGAGUCCGGACUGCAUCAAUAUGAAGCCUGUGAUCAAAAACGAAGAGUCCUUUCAGGAGUCUGAAUCCACUAAUAAUGAUGUGGAAACUUUGGUUCUGAGUAAAAUUGAAGGAUCAGCUGCACUCUUUUGCCAGCGACUGAAAUAUGAAGUUAAAACUAUUCAAGAAUCAGAUCAAAGUUCUUCAGACACUGAACCGGAAGCAUCCGUCUCCAAAUCUGGCAAACGGAAAAAACGAAGCAGAAAAACUCCUGGUAAAAAGUACGUGUGUAAACUGUGUGGCAUUGAGUAUCGCCACAGCUCAAACCUAGGGACGCACAUGCGAAUACACACAGGAGAAGCGCCGUACGUCUGUGAACUCUGUGGAAGAGCCUUCAGGCGGAAAGACUGGCUUAAACUGCACAGUAGCAUCCACAUGGGCGUCAAACGCAAGCUUGUAAAGAAAUUUAGCUGUGAUCAGUGCGGGAAGAAGUUUGUUGGUUCCACCGCUCUCCAGAGUCACUUAUAUCAACACAAAGGCGAGAGGCCGUUCGCCUGCGUUCUGUGUGACAAAACCUUCUUCAGUCAAACCAAUCUGAAACGCCACCAGGUCGAUGCUCAUUCAGACGGCAAACCGUUCAGCUGCCCUGUGUGCGAGAGUGGAUUCUCACGCCUUUAUUCGCUGGAGAAACACAUGCGGCUUCACACAGGAGAGAGACCUUACUCCUGUCCUGAAUGUGGAAAGACUUUCCCUUUAAAAUACACCUUGAAAAUGCAUCUUAAAACGCACUCGGCCAAAGGUUGAGCGUUCAUUAGAGUUGUGCCGAAAAAUCUAAACGGUUUCAAAAUGCAUCUAUAUUCUCUCUUGAAACAAUUGUAAACUUUUUUUAGCAACAGAUGGCGCUCUAUGCUAGUUUUUAACAGCAGAUGGCACUCUAAGCUAGUUUAUAAACAGCAGAUGGCGCUCUAGGCUAGU